CGCCCCGGCGAUGCGGGCUGCAGGAGAAUGCGGCGGAGCGGCCGCCGCCGGCUGCCCCUUGCUGGGGCUGGCCGCGCUGCUGGCCGCCCUGCUGGGGACCCCCGCGGGUGCCACGGCACAGCAGUACCACGGCGAGAAGGGCAUCUCCGUGCCGGACCACGGUUUCUGCCAGCCCAUCUCCAUCCCGCUCUGCACGGAUAUUGCCUACAACCAGACCAUCCUGCCCAACCUGCUGGGCCACACCAACCAGGAGGACGCAGGGCUGGAGGUGCACCAGUUCUACCCGCUGGUCAAGGUGCAGUGCUCGCCCGAGCUUAAGUUCUUUCUCUGCUCCAUGUACGCGCCGGUGUGCACCGUGCUGGAGCAAGCCAUCCCACCCUGCCGCUCCCUCUGCGAGCGGGCCCGUCAGGGCUGCGAGGCCCUCAUGAACAAGUUCGGCUUCCAGUGGCCAGAGCGGCUCCGCUGCGAGAACUUCCCUGUUCACGGUGCGGGUGAGAUCUGCGUGGGGCAGAACACGUCGGAUGCCCCACCAGGACCCGGUGGUGCGGCGGGUCGGGGGGUCACUGCCCACCCCACUGCUGGAUACCUCCCUGACUUUCUUACCCCGCCACAGCCACCCUCUGGCUUCUCCUUCUCUUGCCCCCGGCAGCUCAAAGUGCCCUCUUACUUGGGCUAUCGGUUCCUGGGGGAGCGAGACUGUGGAGCCCCCUGUGAGCCAGCCCGGCCCAAUGGGCUCAUGUACUUCAAGGAGGCAGAGGUGCGAUUUGCCCGGCUGUGGGUGGGUGUGUGGUCCGUGCUUUGCUGUGCCUCCACCCUCUUCACCGUGCUCACCUACCUGGUAGACAUGCGUCGUUUCAGCUACCCGGAGAGGCCCAUCAUCUUUCUCUCGGGCUGCUACUUCAUGGUGGCAGUGGCCUACGCAGCAGGUUUCUUGCUGGAGGAGCGGGUGGUGUGUCUAGAGCGCUUCUCUGAGGAUGGCUACCGCACUGUGGCCCAAGGCACCAAGAAAGAAGGCUGCACCAUCCUCUUCAUGAUCCUUUACUUCUUCGGCAUGGCCAGCUCCAUCUGGUGGGUCAUCCUGUCCCUCACUUGGUUCCUGGCUGCUGGCAUGAAGUGGGGCCAUGAGGCCAUUGAGGCCAACUCCCAGUAUUUUCAUCUGGCUGCCUGGGCUGUGCCCGCUGUCAAAACCAUCACCAUCUUGGCCAUGGGGCAGGUGGAUGGGGAUGUACUCAGUGGGGUGUGUUAUGUAGGUAUCUACAGUGUGGACUCACUGAGGGGCUUUGUGCUGGCGCCCUUGUUUGUGUAUCUCUUCAUUGGCACUUCCUUCUUGCUGGCUGGUUUUGUGUCCUUGUUUCGCAUCCGCACCAUCAUGAAGCACGAUGGCACCAAGACGGAGAAACUAGAGAAGCUGAUGGUGCGCAUUGGUGUCUUCAGUGUCCUCUACACGGUGCCUGCCACCAUUGUUCUGGCGUGUUACUUCUACGAGCAGGCCUUCCGUGGCACCUGGGAGAAGACGUGGCUCCUCCAGACCUGCAAAACAUAUGCUGUGCCCUGUCCCAGCCACUUUGCCCCUAUGAGCCCAGACUUCACUGUCUUCAUGAUCAAGUACCUCAUGACCAUGAUUGUUGGGAUCACAACUGGCUUCUGGAUUUGGUCUGGCAAAACCCUUCAGUCCUGGCGGCGCUUCUACCACAGACUCAGUACCGGCAGCAAAGGCGAGACGGCAGUAUGAGACCCCCCUGUCCCCUCUGGCACACACACACUCACACAUGCAUACACGCAGAGGAGGCAGAGGAGACGGAUACUCAGCACAGGAGUAGGGCAAUGAUUCCCUGAAGAGGGAGGAAGGGAGGCUUUUCUAAACUUUUUCUUCCUCAAGGAAGGUUUGAAAAAAAAAAUAAUCAAUGCAUAAAAUAUCAGUCAAAUUAUGUGCAGUGGUGCUUAUGACUAGCUAAGUGGGAGAGGACAGAAAAAGAGGCCACUGCUGGGACAGGAGAGUCCUUCUCCCAAAAGUCUCCUUACUUCUCUCCUUCUACUCCUGUCGAGGAAAAGAAGCCCCAACCCAACUAAAAUCAUCCUGCCUUGCUUUGGACAAGAGGGAGGGGAAGCCAGAUGUGUUGAGCCACCCCUGCCGAGGAGUAGCCAAAUGCUCCCUGAAUUGCUGGGGCCGAACUGCAGCGUGGGCAGGGUUCCUCCCGAGCCUGAGCUCGCUGCCUGCUCCUUCCAGCUCGGCGGAGCCAUCACGUGAGUACUGCACAGCCGGCUACAGCCCGAUCGUGUGCUGGGGAGAUGCCUCUGUUCUGUCAGCUCACAAGUUCCUUUUUACCUCAGUGAUACAUGGUGUAAUUGUUUUAAAGUAAAAAUUUGGCUCGAUCUGUUCUUGCUGCUGUGGGGAAGGAGGGGGUUGCUAUUCCACACCCUGAAAAGAAAUGACUUGUUGCUUUUCAGCAGAAGGCUUUUCCCCCUUGCCUUUGUUCUAGGAGACAAAGGGGGAAACAAAAGUGUUUUCUAUGUAGAAAGGCAUAAGCAUGGGAUCGGUUUUUAUGGGCAAACUAACAAAAAGAAGUCGUUGAGGUUCACCCUUGGAUGUGAGGAGCUCGCAGAAAUAAACAUUCCUUUUAUGAAAAAAAGGAGGAGGCAGGAUGUUUUCCUACCGUUCAAUAUGGGUCACUUUUCUAAGCUGAAGGAAAUGUAAGAUUUAGAGGGCAAGAAGAGCUUACCCGAGAGCACCUGCCAAAACAAGAGCCAUUAAAAUAUGUAAUGUAAAGAUAGGAUUUUUUUUCUUCCCAUAAACCUGGUUUAUUUCCUGCUUUGCAGUGAGCUCACUGCAGAAAAAGUCAAUACACAGCCGGAUUCUGGGGACAGGAGGAAUCGUUUUGGCUCACGAUGGACCCUUUGCCUGCUCCUCAGGUUCCCUGAGCUGCAUGGCAAUGAUUC